AACUGGUGGUGGAAGGGCAGACAGAUGAUUCAGUAUCACUCUGCUCUCCCUUUCGGCUGCACAUAACUCGAUUUCACUUUCUUUUUUUGUUCCUUGUAGGAACUUUGCUUUUUCUGAGUUUUGAAUUUUGGACCUUGAUGGAGCAGCAGCAGGGCAAGGAGACACUGACAGAUCAAAAAAAUCUGUAGGACAGAACAGUGGGCUGGAGAGCAGGUGUCUCUGUGGCCUGUUCUACUUCAGCCUCAACUGCUUGUAGCUCACGUUUUAAAACAUGUCAGUGUCAUGCUUCGGAACGACAUUGCUCUGAGAGGAAAAAAAAGAAACAGUGUGGAAGCUUUGGCUACAGCUUGGUUAACUACUGUUGAAGCUGUAUAUGUACUUACGAAGAAAUAGCAGAGGAAAAAAAACUAAACCUCAAAACCUUGAUUUAUAAAUUUCUUGGGAAAGUGAUGUUUGAAUCUAUUUUAUCUUUUCAGCUAAGUGGUCUGGUUUUAGCCGAGUUUAGAUACAUCCCCGUUUAAUGCAGGAUAUGCUCUUUAAAGAGAGGGCAGUGCUGCAAGUGUGUCUCGUGCCUUCGCAGGAACGUUUGCAAGAGUUUAACCUUUCACAGCCUUUCUAUGAUUCUGUUGCAACAGGAGGAGAUUGUGGAAAAAGAGAGAACAACGGGACCCAGCUACUCUGAAGCAGAGACUAAAUCCUGGAGAAAAGCAACUCCUGCACGAUGCAGAACACACUCAAGUCUCUGCGAUGUGAUGGGGGUCUGAGACUACGCUGCUGUUUGUGACUCCAGUUUGGGCUGUGAAGUGGAUUGAAAAAGAGCUUACUUGGAGUCCCAUACUUCAUAGAUGGCUUCGUCCCUUCCAGAGAAGUUGGAUUGGUCUGUGCCAACCUUGACGGAGGACCACAAUGUUUGUUCCACUGAAGUGCCAGCUGGGAACAAGGCCAGCUUCAAAGAAACACAUCUGUCUGGUGAUGAGGGCCAUGUCCCCAGUUCUGAAGUUCUUGAAGCAAUAGAAAAGGUCAUUGAAGAUGUAUUCAAAAGCUUGGCCCAAAAAAAAGCACCUGUUUUGACAGUGGCUAAGAGAUCAGACUGGAGAAAUGUAAAAUUUACAGAUUCUGUAGGUCUGCAGAUGGUGCCACAUUGUACUACAAAACAAAUAAGAAGUGACUGCCCUAGAUCAGCAUCAAAAUUUGCUCGAAUGCUCAAGAUAUUAUCCAUGAUCUACAAGAUGGUGCAGAGCAAUACUUAUGCAACUAAAAGAGAUAUAUAUUAUUCAGAUACACUACUGUUUGGUAGCCAGCUUGUUGUGGACAAUAUAAUCAACGACAUUUCUUGCAUGCUUAAGAUACCUCGGAGAAGUCUGCAUAUACUGUCUACAGUUAAUGGUUUUGUUGCUGGUAAUUUAAGUUACACUGAGGAAGAUGGUACAAAAGUGAAUUGUACCUGCGGUGCAACAGCAGUCACUGUGCCAUCUAAUGUCCAAGGAAUUAAAAAUUUAAACUCGCACGCCAAAUUUCUGUUAAUUGUAGAAAAAGAUGCAACUUUUCAGAGACUGCUGGAUGAUGACUUCUGCAAUAGAAUGUCCCCAUGUAUAAUUAUUACGGGCAAAGGCAUACCAGACCUUAAUACACGACUUUUUGUCAGGAAGCUGUGGGAUUCUUUCCAAAUCCCUAUCUUCACCCUUAUGGAUGCAGAUCCACAUGGUGUGGAAAUAAUGUGCAUCUACAAAUAUGGAUCUGUGUCAAUGUCUUUUGAGGCUCAUCAUCUCACCGUUCCAUCUAUUAAGUGGCUUGGUCUCCUUCCUUCUGAUCUUGAGAGAUUAAAUAUACACAAAGAUGCUCUGAUUCCAUUCACAAAGCAAGAUCAAAAUAAGUUAGCAAGCUUACAAAAGAGACCUUACAUUGCUUGUCAGCCAAUGUGGAAAAAAGAACUGGAUAUAAUGGCAGCAUCCAAACUGAAGGCUGAAAUACAAGUUUUAACUUCUCUUUCAUCACAUUACCUUUCCAGAGUCUAUUUACCAAACAAACUGCAGUUUGGUGGAUGGAUAUGAAUGUUUGUUUGCAAAUUAAAUGGUUUUCUUGGUACUCAUGUACUUUGUCAACUGCUCUUACAGAAAGACAGAGUAGUCUGUGUCAGCUUGUUAGGUUUAUCACUAUCUAGUUUAUCAUUUUCUCAUUUUCCUUUCAAACCUACAAAUGAUGAUUAGUUUGACAUUAUUCUGUGGCUGUAAUGAUGCCAAAUGCAGUGGUACAUACAUUAAAAGAUGAGAUAGGCUCUUUCUGGCCAGAAAAUAUUAAGUUCAAAAAUGUAUCACGGAAUUGCUUUGCUUUCUGUUUCAAAGCACAAGAUGAUGCUCUACCAACCUUUUUAGUUUUGAAGAGGGUAAGUGACUUUGUUAACAAUUUAGUGUACAUGGUUCCUUUGGAAAUGAUUGUAAGUUACAGUAUUGUGGCAUUUUGUGAUCGCUGUACAUUCAGACUGAAAAGUCUGAGAUAAUUCUUGAUUGCCACAUGAUCUCAUGCAGCUAUGAAUGUUCCAGCAACCAAAUUACUAUUUGUCUUCAAUGAACAAGCAAGCAGAUGUUAGUAAGAACUUAAUAAACAAUCCUGUUAA